AUGAAGCUCGAGAUAUCCCGCCGCCAUAAGAUCUUGUAUCCCAACUACACCUACCAGCCCAAACAGAUCAAGAACGACGACGAGGAGCCCAAGAAGGCCUCGAAGUCGGAUACGAGUACCAAGGCCAAGAACGCCGCGAUCAGCGACGAGGAUCUUCAUACAGAAAUCGUCAUGCCGGCAUACGACCAUGAGGACAUGACCAACAAGGUCACAGCUGAGUACAACACGUACAUCAUUGACCCCUCGGGGUAUGAGGAGUCGGCGGAGUUGGACUCCAUGACCGUUAGGGGACUGAACGAUCAUCUCGAUGGCUGUUUGCAAUCCUCACCUACCGUAACUUCAAUCACGGGCCUACGGGCCUGUUUUCGCGUCUGCAUCCAUUUCCGGGGCGAGACGCGAGAUUCUCGGCUCGAGUACAUGUUGGUUCUGUUUCGGAUCCGUCGGGGAGGCAGAGCACUACCCUUUCAUCCAAGGCCUGAAGCUGAAGACCAUUGUCACCUUGGUCAGCAAGGAACUGCCCUCCGCGCUACCAGGGAUAUUCGCAAAGGCGAGAAGAUCACCAUCUCCUACAUCCCUCGAGAUGACAGUCAUGCUGCCUCCCAGGUCAAGCGCCUUCAGGCUGAGCAUGGCGGCCCACGAGGCCAGGUCGACGCGAUGAUGCGGAAGAUGCAACAGCUCCAGCAGGGAGACAUGGACCUGGGAAAUGGCAAUCAGUCAUUUCACGGCAAGCCUGCCGGCUCAAGGUCUGGCAAUGAAGCUGUCGCGGAAUCCAACCCGGUUGACUAUGAGGCUUCUAUCGAUUUGAACGCCAUAACACGCCGCCAGAUGGCUGCGGUUAUCAGCGCAUACAGAUACGAUGUUCUAUAG